AAGAAAAAGUAGCUUUUAGUAGCAGUUUUACCUGUGGGUGCAACUUUAUAUCGAUUAUAAGUGUCUUUUAUAGAUAGUUAUUGCUGUACUAAUCACCUUCAGCAUGUUUUGUUUGUCUAGCCAAAGAGUUUUCAGCCGGUUGUUUGUACUUACCGCGUUGUUGGUGUCUGUAUCGGGGGAGAAAGUGGUGGAGAGUCGCUCCGGGAUGAUCCAGGAGCUCCGGGGAGCGCUGAGUGACCUGACCGCGGAGGGAAGGGGCUAUCUGGGCAGGCUGGCCGGGGAGCAGACGGUGCUGUCGGUACAGAAGGCUUUCUCUCAGGUCCUGGGUGUUGUGGCAGGAAGUUUGUCCGGGUUUGUGAAUGUGCUCUUGGAGUAUGUCUCACAGUUCAUGCAGGCUGCUGGAUUCAAAGGCGGUCUUCCCAUCAGCAAAGUGACCCCAGAGGGGCUGAUCUUUGUCGCCCGGUGGGUUCUCGUGGCUCUCAUUGCUUACUGGCUCAUCUCCCUCAUCUUCAGACUGAUUAUCUCCACUCUGAGGCAGGCUAUGUGGCUGCUGAAAGUGGUGCUAGCUUUGGUCGGUUUCGGACUCAUCCUGAGUGACCACAGUGUUGGCACGGAAACCAUGGCCAUCCGACUGGCUGUCCUGGUGUGCGUCUGUGUGCUACUGGGUGUUGGGACUUCAAAAGUUAAUGCAGCUGAUAAAACGGCUCACCUGGAGGAGCAGGUGAAGAUCCUGGAGAGACGGCUCAGAGAGAUGGAGAGGUGGAGGAGGACGGAGGAAUGACGGAGGGAGAAGUCCAGUGUUUGUUAUCUUCUGCUGCCACACGUACAGAUGACGGAGCACCGGCGUCCCUUCAGGGCUUCUGGAACUUCAAGAGAGAAACGUUUCUACAGUUUGCAUGUUUUCUGUAAUGUUUGUAAAAAGUAACUCAUUGCUCAUGUUUUGUAACUGACACAAUUUAAUUUCUUAGUCAUUCCAGGAAAAAGUAAUUUGUUUGAUUAAUCUACGUGUUUUGAAUUUUCUACCUUUGAAAUGACCACGGUGGAAAUGAAAAAGCGUUUACAUCUGAUGUUCAAACCGUCCUUUUACCGCAUUAAUGAAAUACUUUGGGAAAUACCCGUCUUUGCUGAGAUUGAUACCUCAUUCAUGCCAGGAUAUGAUAUCAAUCUUCUCAUCUUGCAUCUCAGAAAGAGAGCUACUUAGUGUGUUUUCCCUGAAUUAUUUUGAAACAAUUUCCUUUAACUAAUCCAGUCAGAUGAAAUCCACCUUUCUGGUGUUUCUCCUAAUGAGAGAAAAUUCUCAGGUCACGCUGUUGCUGUUACAGUCUUUGUUUACUUUGACGGUUAGACGGAGGUUUAAUCUCUGAUUGGAUUUUGGAUUUGGUACAUGGUUCUGUUGAAGUCAUGAAUGCUUUUGGAUCAGAUCUGACAAUAAGAUUUAAAUUCUUAUUUCAAAUCUGUCUAAACAAAUGUAAGUGGAAUACUUUGAAUGCCGUCUGUGCCUUAAAUGUUGUUGCUCAUUUUACUAUAUUACGUUUUAUAUUAAUCCCCUGAGCUCAGUGGUUAACAGUUCAUACUCCUCUGGGAUAAUCAUAAUGCUGGAAUUUUAACUGUGUGCCUCUGGAUGUAAUUUCUAUUCAAAAUAUUCCACCAGAUAUUGUUGAACUCUUGUGUAGAGAGCUGUUUUGGGGAUAAAAUAACGUUUUUUAAAAAGCCCCUUGAGGAACACAAAGCCAAAGACUGGUGCUUUUAUUUUUAACGGUUUCUCAGAUGACUUGUACUCCUAUAAAUAAUGUUCAGAUGCAUAAAAUAAAAGACGUUUCACAGGUAUAAA